AUGUCGUCGAUGCGAGGUCUAGUCCAAUUUAUCGCCGAUUUGCGAAAUGCCAGAGCAAGAGAACUCGAAGAAAAACGCAUCAACAAAGAAUUAGCCAAUAUUCGACAAAAGUUCAAGGACGGAAGCUUGAAUGGGUAUCAGAGGAAGAAAUAUGUCUGCAAAUUGUUAUAUGUCUACAUUCAGGGAUACGAUGUGGACUUUGGCCAUUUAGAAGCUGUCAAUUUGAUUUCGGCAAAGAAUUACUCGGAAAAGCAGAUUGGUUAUCUAGCAGUUACUCUGUUCCUUCAUGAACAGCAUGAGUUGCUCCAUCUUCUUGUCAACAGUAUCCGCAAGGACUUGAUGAGUAUGAACGAGCUCAAUAACUGUCUGGCUUUGCAUGCGAUCGCUACUGUUGGUGGACGAGAAAUGGGAGAGGCUUUGAGCUCGGAUGUUCAUAGGCUUCUUAUUUCUCCAACGUCCAAAUCGUUUGUGAAAAAGAAGGCCGCGUUGACUCUUCUCCGACUCUAUCGAAAACACCCUAGCAUUGUUCAGCAGGAAUGGGCCGAGCGUAUUAUAUCGCUGAUGGAUGAUCCGGAUAUUGGAGUGACCUUGUCUGUCACCUCGCUCGUUAUGGCUUUAGUGCAGGAGAACCCCGAACAAUACCGAGGAAGCUAUGUCAAAGCUGCGCAACGAUUGAAGAGGAUCGUGGUCGAUGGUGACGUCUCGGCUGAUUAUUUGUACUAUCGGGUUCCCUGUCCGUGGCUUCAAGUAAAGCUGAUACGGCUGCUUCAGUACUACCCGCCGUCUGAGGAUACUCAUGUUCGAGAAUUGAUUCGACAGUCUUUGGAGCAAGUUAUGAACCAGGCUAUGGACACGCCAAAAAAUGUGCAGCAGAAUAACGCGCAAAACGCGGUCUUGUUUGAGGCGAUUAAUCUACUAAUACAUUUGGAUACCGAACAUGCUUUGAUGCUGCAAAUAUCUUCACGACUUGGAAAAUUUAUCCAAUCACGCGAGACCAAUGUCCGCUAUCUCGGGUUAGAAGCCAUGACCCAUUUUGCUGCUCGCGCCGAAACUUUGGAUCCUAUUAAAAAGCACCAGCCAUUCAUCCUAGGAUCGCUGAGAGAUCGUGACAUCAGCGUUCGACGAAAGGGGCUGGAUCUCCUUUAUAGCAUGUGCGACGUGACCAAUGCCCGACCUAUUGUUGCCGAGCUACUCGCCUACUUGCAGUCGGCCGACUUUGCUAUUCGGGAAGAAAUGGUUCUCAAAGUCGCUAUUUUAGCGGAAAAGUACGCUACAGAUGCGCAGUGGUACAUUGACACAUCUUUGAAGCUCAUUUCACUGGCCGGUGAACAUGUGAGCGACGAGGUGUGGCAGCGAGUUAUCCAGAUCGUCACGAAUAACGAAGAACUGCAGGCCUACGCGGCCGAUCAUCUCUUGAAAUACCUCAAGGGAGACUGCCACGACAGUCUCAUAAAGAUUGGAAGCUAUGUGCUGGGCGAAUUUGGCCACUUGAUCGCCGAUAACGAAGGCUCUAGCCCGAUUGAGCAAUUCCUGGCUCUCCAACCAAAAAUGUUCACAUGUUCUGAUAAUACCCGCGCCAUGAUUCUUUCGUCGUUCAUUAAGUUUGUGAAUCUUUUCCCUGAAAUCAAGCCCCAGCUAUUACAGAUGUUCCGGCUGUAUAGCCAUUCUCCAGAUCCCGAAUUGCAGCAGAGAGCCUUUGAGUAUAUGAAACUGGCUAGCAUGCCAUCGGACGAUCUCCUUCGAACGGUGUGUGAUGAGAUGCCGCCAUUCUCAGAGAGAGCUAGUGUGUUGUUGUCGCGUCUACACCAACGGACGGCUGGUACUAGUGAUAAGCGGACGUGGGUCGUGGGAGGAAAGGAUGCCAAUACAGAUAAACAAGAAGUCUUGAUGGCCCAAACGACAGGACUGAAGCGCACAUUCACGACGAUUGUCAAUGGCGGACGUAACGGCACCAACGGGUCAGCCGGGCCAGCCAAACGGGGAGCCUCGAAUGACCUUGCCGGACUUGACAUGUCUCCUACAGAUACACCCGCACCGGCACCCAACCUAGCCAGCGCUGCUCACUUGAGCCCAGACUGGGAAUUCGGAUUCAACCGGCUGUACUACGCGGACGAAGGCGUGUUGUUCGAAGAUGCACAGAUCCAGGUUGGACUGCGCUCAGAGUAUCGAGCGCAUCUUGGUGUAGUCAAAAUCUACUUCACGAACAAAGCGUCUUUCCCCAUCGGCUCAUUCACGACGACGCUCGACAACCGAGCAGCGCCGAAUUUGAAGAUUGACACCAAAAACCUACCGGAAUCAUCCAUAGGGCCGUCAGCACAGACCCACCAGACAUUAUUCUUCGAAGCCUACGGCCCGUUCUCAGACGCCCCGACGAUCCGCAUUUCCUAUCUCGCCGGGGCAUUGCAGGCUUAUACGCUGCAGCUGCCGAUUCUGAUGCACCGGUACAUGGAUCCAUCGGAGCUAACUGUCGAAGACUUUUUCAAGCGAUGGAGACAAAUCGGCGGAUCGCCAUUAGAAGCGCAAAAGACGUUUGGGGUGAGCGGGAAGGGCCGCGUGAUCAGCGAGAAGUUUACGAAGAACACAGUGGCAGGAUUCCGAUGGAGAGUUCUCUCUGGUGUUGACCCCAACCCGCAUAACAUUGUCGGAUGUGCGGUCUACCAAGUCGAAAAUGGCAAGACGGGUUGUUUGCUUCGGUUAGAGCCGAAUUACGAGAAGAAUAUGUACCGCUUGACGAUCCGGGCAACGCAAGAACAAGUGCCGCAGAUUCUAGUUCGCCAGAUGGAGCAGAAGCUGUCGCAGGGGGUCAGCAUUGACGGCGACCGAUGA